GUUUCAAUCGCGACAGUUCUGUCCAAUAGAUAGUAGAAGUAUCUACACGUUCGCACCCUUCACUCUUCACUUGACCCUUCUCUCACUUGCUGUGUGAACGCCAGGCACGUCGAGGUCUACCAAUCACAUCAUCUAGCUCGACGUUGCUGGUCGAACGAAUGGCCUCUGUCCUUACCCCUGCUUGCAUCUCUACCAAACCAACUGUCCGUUUGCGCGGCUAUCAGUGAAAAGCAUUUAUCCAGUCCCUCUGGACCCUCACCAUCAUCUCUCACACCUACUACUUGGUGGCAACUGCCAAUCGUCAUCUUUACUAAGCAUUGAACAACCAAGAUGAAGUUUGGACAGAACCUCCCCCGCAAUCAGGUUCCCGAGUGGGCAUCUGAAUAUAUUAACUACAAAGGUCUCAAGAAGCUGAUCAAGGCCGCUGAGCACAACACCGAGGCUGGCGGCGAAGUAGAUCUUGCAGAAUUCUUCUUUGCCUUGGAUCGCAACCUCGAGGACGUGGACAGCUUCUACAACAGAAAGCACGCCGAAUUCUCGCGACGACUCAGACUACUCUACGAUCGCUAUGGACAAGCCGCUCAGCUUCAGGAUGGCAUCGACAAGGAAGAGAUGGAAGAUCUGAUGGGCGCGUUGCUCGAGCUCAGAGGACAAUAUCGCAAUCUGAUCUGGUUCGGCGAAGUCAAUCGUAGAGGCUUCGUCAAGAUCACGAAGAAGCUGGACAAGAAGAUUGAGGCUUCGCACUCGCAAAACACAUACCUGGCCGCCAAAGUCGACCCCAAGGCAUUUGCGAACAACCGCAGAACCGAGGCCGACAUGCGCGCCAUCAAUGACUGGCUGUCGAAUCUCGGCGAUGUCAAGGUCUUUGACGACACUGCCUCGAUCGCCUCGACCGGUUCCUUGCACCGCGUCUCCUCAAAGAAUGCCAUGCGCGUGCCCACGGCUGUGCUCGACGCCCUCGAACAGAACGUCCGCCAAAACGAUCUUACAAAGCUGCAAGAGCUCAUUUCGACAUCCUUGGAGGAUAUCUCUCCUUCUGUGACCCAGAAGCUGAUGCUCAAUCUCUUGCAACGAGCUAUCUCCGCAAGAUCACAUGAAUGCAUCACAUAUCUGUUGUCGCGGAUAUCAUCUCUUACCGAAGACGAUGACAUGAACAAGAGAAACAUCGUCCAUCGUCUGGUCAUCGCGACUGGUCGUGCAAGAGCAUUGGAAGAGAACGGCCCUGCUGCAGUACCCAUUGGUGCGGAAACCAACUCCUUCAUCAAUGCAGCAGAACUUCCCGUCCGUGUUCCUACAUCAUUCAAGGUCCAGGAGAAGGAUCUUGGCCAAACUCUUGGUCAGGAGGAUCCUGCCAUCAAGCUGAUGGUUCACAUUCUGUCACAUCUUUCGGCCGAGCAGAGAGCAGUCCUCAAGGAGAGAGAUACAUACGGCCGUCUUCCGCUCCACUAUACUGGUCAGUAUGGCCUUGUAGCUGCAGCUCAGACCAUCAUCAAGUACAUGCAAGCUUGGGGUCAGUUCGACGUCAGCAAGGGUAUUGACUCCGACAUUUGGCAGGACGCUGAAGGAUAUGCACCUCUGCAUCUCAGUGUUAUCGGCGGUCACUAUAGAACUACAAAGGCUUUGCUGCUUGCUGAAGACUGGCACGGCGAGUCCGAGGACAGCCAUGCCGUGAGACGCAACGUUGAGAAGUCUGGUGCUGCCUUGGCUCUGGCUACGAAGAACAACUUCUUCAUGAUCGUCAAACUGCUUGUUGAUGCUGGCAUCAACAUCAAUCACCAAGAUGAGCAGGGCGAGACAGCACUACACAUCGCUGCUCGCUUUGGCUACGUAGAGUGCACAAAGUCGCUGCUCGAAGGUUCGGAAACUCAAAAGGCCAACCUCGAGAUCACUGAGAAGACAUACGGUUGGACGCCUAUUUUCAUAGCCUGCGUUGACGGCCACCUGCCAAUCGUCGAAUUGCUCAUCGAAGCUGGUUGCGAGACCAACAAAGCCGAUCUUUCAGGUUGGUUACCUAUCGAACAUGCGGCACUCAGAGGUCAUCUCGACGUCUCAAACAAGCUGGCUGAUCUCAGCCCGACUCCUGAGAACCUUGAUGUGCCUUCACCACAUCUCAGACCAUCCAGUGCUUUGGGAACAUCCCCCAAGAACAACUCAUCCAUCGAAGAUCGUCGCUCCAACGUUCCUCAGGGCCGUGAUGCUCCUCGCAUUCCGGAGCCUGUCAAGACCUUUGGUCACAGAUAUCUCACCGAUGAGUCUUUGGUUCUUGUCAGCUUGGGUUCCAUGGACAACCGUAAGAACAUACCUGCAGUGACUCUGGAUAACAUCCCGCUUGCAGAUGCUCAUGCGACCCAACUUGACACUGCUCUUUCGCUUGUUGUUGCUGCGUCUGGCGCCAACGGAGAGCCCACAAUCGUUGAUCUGCCCGUCCAGGAGAAUAUCAGCACUUCACCCAUCACGUUCAAGACCCGCGACCCCACUAAGGUCAGACUCUUGUUUGACAUUGUCCCUACCUAUUCUGGAUCCAAGGACAAGAUUGUGGGUCGUGGUGUGGCCUUACUUUCUAGUAUCAAGCCCAGCAUUGGCUCGAAACGCAUGCUGCUCCAAGGUGACUUGAGUGUUCCAAUCGUUGCUGCCGAGACUUUGGACGUUAUUGGCUCUGUCAACUUCAAUUUCUUGAUCAUCACUCCAUUCCAGCACCCCAACAUGCACAUUGCUGAGAACCAGACUUACUGGAAGAGCACAUCCACACAAGUGAUUGGUCACCGUGGUCUCGGCAAGAACAUGGCAUCGAUGAAGUCCCUGCAGCUAGGAGAGAAUACCCUUCAGUCGUUCAUCGCCGCCGCCAAUCUGGGUGCAUCCUACGUCGAGUUCGAUGUCCAACUUACCAAGGAUCAUGUUCCGGUCAUCUACCACGACUUCUUGGUCAGCGAGACUGGUAUUGAUGCGCCAGUGCACACAUUGACCUUGGAGCAAUUCAUGCAUGCUAGCGAAGGUCAAACUCCCAGACCAUCGCGUCCGUCCUCACCCAAGAGAAGCCACCUGGACGGAGUGGCCGAGCAGUCACGCAAGCAGCGUUCCUACUCGCUCGGUGGUGCUCAAGACGAACGCGCUCCUGACAUGUCUGAGCGCAUGAAGCAUACGCGUGACUUCAAGGAGAAGGGCUUCAAGGGCAACAGUCGUGGAAACUUCAUCCAAGCCCCCUUCACCACUCUCGAAGAGAUGUUCAAGACACUGCCAUCCUCGAUCGGUUUCAACAUUGAAAUGAAAUAUCCCAUGCUUUUCGAAUCCGAGGAACACGACAUGGACACCUACGCCGUUGAACUGAACUCGUUCGUCGACACCGUCCUGACCAAAGUUUAUGACCUCGGCACCGGUCGCAACAUGCUAUUCUCCUCCUUCAACCCCGACAUCUGCCUCUUGCUCUCCUUCAAACAACCCUCCAUCCCCAUCCUCUUCCUCAGCGACGCUGGCACCUCACCCGUCGGCGACAUCCGCGCCUCCUCUCUGCAAGAAGCUAUCCGCUUCGCCUCUCGCUGGAACUUGCUCGGUGUGGUUUCUGCCGCCGAACCUUUGGUCACUUGCCCCAGACUUAUCCGUGUAGUCAAGGAGAGUGGCUUGGUUUGCGUCAGCUAUGGCACAUUGAAUAACAAUCCCACUAUGGUUGCUAGACAGGCCAAGGAGGGCAUCGAUGCUGUCAUUGUGGAUUCCGUUCUGGCUAUCAGAAAGGAGCUUACUGCUGCUCAGGCUGGUAAGAUGAAUGGAGAUGCAGAUGGAUAUGAAGCUGGCAAGGUCAUUGAGGUUCCCCAGGUCAUAACCAGUGGCAAGGCUAAUGGAGUCACUACCAAUGGACAUGGUCAGAAUGGACAUGCUUAGGAAGUUUGGACGAAGGAGUGUAGGAUAGAGGAAGAGAAAUUAUCCAAGACGGAAGAGCAAAGACGGAGGCAUUUUUGCGUGCAGCUUUUUUCCUGCUGGUAUUUUCUUGUACAUUACAUUAGCAUAGGGCAUCUUUGGGAGCAGGCAGGCAGGCAGGCAUGGUUCUCUACUUUAUAGGCAACGGAUUUCUUCCUUCACUC